AUGUCAGCUGACGCUCUCUCCAAGGUCGAAGCGGCCCAGCAGGCGGUGCUGCGGAAGACGCACGCCGGCAAGGCUGGAGCCCAGUUCACGCAGGAGGUCAAGGAGUCUCUACUCUUCCAGUACAACUGGAACGAGCUGCUAUCCGCGGCUUCUACAGCCAUCACGCUAGUCGGCGCAUGCCACGUCGCUGCUGCGUCGCCAGAAGCCACGGCCAUCAGCCUGGCUGACGCUGCACCCGCGGGCGGCUUCAAAUACCUCCGGGUGGCGGCCAAUCCCACUCUCCGAGCUUGCCUCGAGCUCAUCGAGACAGUGACCCGGUCCAUUCAAGCCAUCCAGGGUCUCCCGGAAACCAAGAGAAACUUGGUGAACGAGCUGGGCAAGUUGAGGAGAAUGUCGGACAACUGCUUAAAGUACGCCCAGGACACCGAAAAGGCCUUUGACGGGUGGCUGCUAUCCGUCUCCGAGUUCCACCAAGCAUCUGUCCAGCAGCACGGUACCACCGAGCAGAAGGCUCAGGCCAACGUCUCGGCCAAGCUCCAGGCCGAGAUUUGA